GGGUAAUGGGCAAAUGAUCAUAAAUAAUUGCGCUUCCCAUCUUUUGAAACAAAUAGGGAAAAAAAAGAAGAUAUAGUCUGUGCUAACAGGUAACCCGUCGAGGAAAGUAAUGUUGAAGAUUCAAAAGACUAUAUCAAAUUUAUUUUGGGUAAAAUAAUCUUAUGGCAGCUGUAAUACCAACAGUUACUAAGGUAUCCCCAAGAAUAACGAGAAUAUUAGGAUGUAACCCAAGUUCUAUGACUCUCCAAGGUACCAAUACCUAUGUGCUGGGCACUGGAAAAAGGCGGAUUUUAAUUGAUACUGGGGACGAAGGCAUUUCACAGUAUGUAAGUCAUUUAAGUAAUGUUUUAAAUGAGGAGAAUAUAGAGUUGGCUCAUAUUUUUCUGAGUCACUGGCAUCAUGAUCAUGUAGGCGGUUUGACAGACAUUAUAAGUAAAUUGGGCAUCAGAAUAAAGGACUGUCAUGUUUGGAAAUUUCCAAGAUUGGAUGCUGAAGAUAUAGUACAAAAAUUUGAGUUAUUUGAAGAUGGUCAAGAGUUUGUAGUCGAAGGUGCUACAGUGAAAGUAUUCCACACUCCUGGUCAUUCAACUGAUCAUGCUGUGUUUCAUCUGUUGGAAGAUAAUGCUGUAUUUAGUGGGGAUUGCAUACUGGGAGAAGGUACAUCAAUAUUUGAAAACCUGUAUGACUAUAUGAAAUCUUUAAAUCUGAUUUUAAAACUUCAACCUUGCGUCAUUUUUCCUGGACAUGGCAACAUUAUUUAUGACCCUGCCGAGAGGCUUAAGUAUUAUUUGUCUCAUCGUCAACAGAGGGAGGAUCAAAUUAUUGAGGUUUUAAAAAAGAAUAUAGGCAAAGGUUUUACCGAAAAUGCACUAGUGUUGGCCAUAUACACAGGUUUGUCUGAAAAACUAGUCAAAGCUGCUGAGUAUAAUGUUAAUCAUCACCUGCAGAAACUGUUAAAGGAAGGUAAAGUUCUACAAAUUGGAGAAUUAUGGCAGUAUAAUAAAUUGUAAUAUAUAU